AUGAGCUGCAAUGACGGCCAAAUGGUGGUGACUCCCGUUUGGGACAGCCCACGUACCCGUCCACGUUAUGUGUUGGAUGUCUCGAGUUCUCCGCUUGAGAUCUCGCGCAAGUAUCCCGAAGAGCCUGAACGAAAAGUUGACGACAAUGACUUCUGUCCUCUGCACAUACCGACCAGGGAGAAUGACGGAGCAAAGGAUACCAACGCCGUGGACUUGAAUCAUGAACAAGCAAGGAGCACGGGGCAGAAUGGAUCUGCAAAGGAUAAAGCGAAGAGAAUGCCUCGAGAUAUGCGUUCCCAUAACAUGCAUAGCAAAGCCAGGCUUCAGGUGGAUAUGCAACGUUAUCUUGGGCGAAAAGAAUUCAUCAGCAAUGAAUACUUAGGUCAGAGCGUUGAUGAUAUACCAGGCAACAAACCCUCACCAUACUCUAUCAUGCCAAAGGAGUCACCGGUCUCGCUCAGCUCGAAUGCCUGCCUAUCUACAACAUUGAGAUUAGGUGAGCCGAUCCACAUCAAACCAUCAAACGUCCAUGUCGAUUCCAAGACUCACAACUCGGCGACAUCGCUUUACGAUAAUGUCGUACCCCCGGGAGAUAUUACACUCUUAACACCCCCAACAAUUAUUCUGAGCUCUCACGGUUCCAACUUUAGUGGCAGGGUCGAGCCUUUUCUGGGGAAAUUGGGAGCAUAUCAUUCCAUGGACGAACACAAUGUCAUUGGGCUUGCUAAAGAGUAUCAUUUGCCUUCAAAGCCCACUUACAGAGCAGAGCUCGCAAAUACUUCUUCUCAAGGGCACGAAAGUACCUUUGGUACAACGCCGGAUGGCGAGAAGAUAUCAACAGAAGAUUGUACGAGUUCAUGCGACCUUGAUGUCUCGGAUAGCAAUAGCUCUGAUGGGACAACCCCUAUUCAAGCCGUCGAGGUUAAGAGCCAUGCUAUUACAAAGCUACAACAGCGCAAUGUGGCUAAAGCCAACACGAAUAUGGCAAGGCCUCGCCAGAUUGGACUGGCAAGAGUGAGAACUGAGAUACUCUCAAUAGCUGGAACGCGACGGGCACAGCGGCUAAGCAAAAGCUCCAAAUCUUCAGAUAACGCAUCAGAAGAAGCUAUACAAGAUGAGCCAGAGGAAUCAGUAUUGGAACAGUCUAAGGAACAGCAGGCUGAGUGGAGGCCUCCGAACAGCUGCGAUUAUGUCCCCUCUACACAAGCAUCUGGCGGAAAUAGAGAUGCCUCCUCGUCUACGAACCCAAACAGAGACCAGCGUGGCGACCCAGAUGACGGAAAUUACGACACAAAUGAAGAGAACACUGCCCAGACCCAGAACAGCCUUUCCGGACCGAUAAGGAGCCAAAGUUCCCAAAGAUUUGCAUGUCCUUACCAAGCAUUCGAGCAAUUCCAAGGUUGCUUUAGACCUGGGCCUCGAAAUCCGAAUGGGGGAUGUACCAGUAUCCAACGUUUGAAACAACACUUAUACCGUAGGCAUAUGCGGUCAUAUCGCUGCACCAGAUGCUGGCAAUCGUUUGAAAAGAAAGAGAGAUUGGAAGCCCAUGCUUCCCAAGCGGCAUCUUGUGCAUCGAAGGAUAUAUCAUCAAGCGAAAGAUUUAUGAGGCCCGAAGACGAGACAGCAGUUGGCAAGUUGGGCUGCUUUGGUUCUCCAGAAGAAGCGUGGUGGAAAAUGUUUCAACUCCUUAUUCCUGGUGCUCAGGACAAAGAGUUGGGAUUUUUGAAGAUUCAGUAUUACCCUUGUGAGUCUCUGUCACUCGAACUAUCAUUAAAGCUCACCAGUUCCGACUAUUCAGAUUACGUCUGCACCGACUCCUUCGAUGUCCCCUCCAUGAGCUUUUCAAACGUGUCUUUCGAGCUGGACCAGCCUGAUGUUCCAGCUGAGACAUUACAAGAAGGGUGUGUAUUUCAUGUCAUCUUUCUAGCAAACUUUUCCCAAAUUUCCUAUGGUCAAGACUGA